AUGUACCACAUAAUAGAAAAUACCAUUCGCCUAGCUGUAACCACUUGUCACGAUGUGGUUCUCGCUCAAAACGGUGAACAACCUCUAGCAGUGUCAAAUAUCUACACCAAGCCCUCUACGCGAGAUACUUCAGAGGCAUCGGGCUUUCACCAGACCACAAAUACCGUCGCCGAGGCCAUGCAAUCCGAGCUUCAAGAAAAUGUGUUCUCUGGUAUUUCAAACUUCUGGAGUAUGAAACUAUCUGAUGAUGAGCCUCAAUGGAAAGACGUGAAGGUGGUCGCCGAGUUCUCGAAAAAGACCCAUAAAAAUGAAAGGAAAGCAAAAUUCCUCAAACUAUCUGGAUACGUCGGCGAAAAUUUAUUUGUAACAAUAAAAGGAAGUAAUGAUGAUCCUACCAUGCAAUUCCAAAUCGAGCCUAAGCCGAUUAUCCAACCACAGAGAUUGAUUACUCGGGGUUCCACCUGCUUCGAGACCGAAGACAAACUAUCAGUGGUGAAGUAUGCUUGGACCGCAAUAAAGGGGUGUUCGGAAAUCGAUUUUCUCAAAUUCGCACUUCCGGUACGCAGUGUCGUCAAUUAUAUAACAUCAGAUGAAAUAUAUCGGACAAGUCACCACUUGGGAAGCUUAGAUUUUACCGAUGCUGACGCUUGGGACUUGGAGACAGAGACGCUGAUCAUAUCAAGGGUUACGCACCUGAUGCAACCGACAGUCAGCCCAUGGGACAGAGAUUGCAGACUCAUCAGGAUUGCUUUCACACCUCGUGGUCAACCCUGA